GCAGUGUGAAAUAUUGCCUCCUCCAUAGUACAGUGUACACAGACAUGAGGCCAGUUAAUUGGAUCUGCACUAUUCUCUCUGCUGGAUUAGUGCGACAGGCUUAGGACUGACAGGUCGGAGAGGUUUGAACUGAACGGACUCAAGUAAUGGUGAACAAAUUCAACUUUAUCAUGGGUGGACGAACGAAAUGUUUACAGAUGUAUGACAACAUGGUCAUCCUACUGGCGUUGAUCAGUCUCAUCUCCAUGGCUACGGGCGCCGAGAUGAAACACGUGUACACGAUACCCGAGGAGCAACGUCCCGGCACCUUCAUCGGUAACGUCCCCCAGGACAUUAGCCUCAACAACAUCGUCAGCGACGACGAUUUCCACAACCUCAGGUACAGCUUUUUGACUCAGGAUGACCCGAACAUCAAGCUGUUUAGUCUGGAUGAGUUAUUGGGUAUUCUCAGAACAUCCAGUGACUCGGCGAAAUCUCUCGACAGAGAGAAAAUCUGUCGCUUUACGUCUUCGUGUGUGUUCGUUAUAGAGGUCGCCAUCAAAUCAAUACUAAAUCAGUUCUUCAGGACGGUAGAACUAAAGAUUGUCCUAGAAGAUGUCAACGACAACAGGCCGACAUUUCCAAACAACGAAACGACUUUAGAGGUUUCUGAAAAUGUUUCGCUCAACACAACGAUUUUAAUCACAGGUGCUCGAGACUUAGAUUCAAGGAAGUUUUCAAUACAGGCCUACAGACUGGAAUCGUCCGAUGAUUCGUUUGGCAUAGUGUACAGCACAAAAGUGGACGGGACAUCGGAGGUAAAUAUAUUUACAAAAAAUGAAUUAGAUUUUGAAACGAAACAAUCGUAUGAUUUGAAGCUUGUAGCGCUAGACGGAGGAGACCCUCCUUUGGUAGGAGUCAUGUUGGUGAAGGUGAAGGUUAUUGACGUCAACGACAACAAGCCGAAGUUCUCUCCUCCAUCCUACAGCAUCACCGUGGACGAGAAUGUCAAACUUAACUCGUCGAUUCUGACGGUGACGGCUACUGAUGCAGAUUUUGGCGACAACGGGGAGAUCGUUUACGGUCUCAGUCAGCAUCAGUCUUCGAAAAUUCUGAAACUGUUUUCGGUUGAUUCGAAAUCGGGUGAUCUCCUCGUGGUGGGAGAUCUUCAGAAGGAGGAGGAAGAAAAGUACGAGAUAAUCGUGGAGGCGAGCGACCGCGGGAAGAAGUCGUACACCACGCAGACCAUGAUCACUGUCAAUGUGCUGGACACAGUCAAUGAUGCGCCGAAGAUUCGGGUCAAUCUACUCUCCAGCAGAAACUUUUCCCUGGUGUCAGAGAAAGCAAAUAUCGGGACCGUAGUAGCGCACAUAGCGGUGCACGACUCGGACAGGGGACGGAAUGGAAUCGCUCAGUGUCGGUUAUCCACUCACGAGUAUUUUGAACUGCAAGGGUUUGAUCUGAACGAGUAUAAGGUCAUUGUCGCGAAACCUCUGGACCACGAGUCCACGGACGUGCAUUCGAUAAAGGUGACGUGCCAGGAUGCUGGGAGCCCGCCUUUCCGUUCUGUCGCCACCUUCGACGUGAGAGUCAGCGACGAGAACGACAACCCGCCGAGAUUCAGCCAGGCCGUCUACUUUGUGAGCAUCCACGAGAACAACAACAUCGGUGACACCAUUACGACAAUCACCGCCAACGAUUUAGAUGACGGAGACAAUGGAAGGAUUGAAUAUUCGAUACUCUCUUACAAUGGAAGCCAGUUUCUCAUUGAACCCGACACCGGCGAGCUCAAAGCGAACACAAUAUUUGACUACGAAAGUCAGAGAUCCUGGAAGAUAACCAUCAAGGCUACAGACCAGGGCUCGCCAAAGCUCUCAACAACCGUUCGGGUCGUUGUGAGGAUAGUGGACACAAAUGACGAGAAACCGAAACUGACCCGCACUCUGUACACAUUCGAGAUACCCGAAAACGUGAAACCAGGCAAAUCUGUGGGCUCCGUGAACGCCUUUGAUUUCGAAGCCGGUGAUAACGGGAAGGUUGUCAUCUCUCUGGCUGAAAAAGACACCGACAUAUCGCCGUUCUUCCUGUUUGAGAAUGGCAGUGUCGUUGUCCAGGGUUCGGUGGACUACGAGAUCAAAUCUAGUUACAGGUUCAGCGUUGUCGCCACUGACAAGGGUAUCCCACCCUUGAGCUCGUCGGCGCUGAUUGAGAUUUCAAUACUGGAUGAAAACGACAAUGUUCCCGUGAUCAUGUUCCCCAGCAGUACAGACCACUCGGCGAAUGUCACAAUUUCUGACAAGCCAGAUACAGUGUUUACUCGAGUGAUGGCUCACGACAUCGACAGCGGCCUUAACGGCAAAUUGAAGUACGUGAUCAGUUCACGAAACGACAGCCACAGAUUCACCAUCAACCACAAUACCGGGGAGGUCCUGCUGGCUCGGUUUUUAGAGGAGGGUGAUCUAGGGAUAUACAAGCUCAUGCUGACCGUGCAGGACCGAGGAUUACCUCCACGUGCCUCGCACGCGCGGCUCAUCGUGCACGUGCUGCCCGGGAACGGGACCCGCGGCGGCGCUAGUUCAGCCAACGAGCGUAACAUCCUCAUCACCGUGUCCCUCAUCUGUCUGACCGCCGUCAUCUCCGCCGUCAUCGUCCUCGUCAUCAUCGUCAUGCGGCGUAACGACAGGAAGAGACGCGGUACGCGAGGAGCGCCAGUCUACGUUGCUAGCACGACGGCUGGUUACCUGGAGAAAUCCAAACUGGGCGGUCUGGUCGGAGGAGAUAAAGAUGAGAAGCAUCAGAGAUCAAACGACGACGGAGAUUUUGGAUUUGUACUCAAUGGAAGGAACAACAAUGUGGGACAGAACAUCACCAAGGAUGCGCAAAACCAGGAAGAUAAGAAACCUGGUUGUAAAUCCGUUAGCAGCAAUAGUCAAGAACAGAAGCCAGACCAGUUUUCAUCCCUGCAAAAUCACCAGACCUUACUUCAGUCGUUCCAGAACAACACAGUGAUUGCACAGAGGGCGGACCGCUGGCCUGGGUACCCGGAUGAUGUCGAGAGUAACGGGUCCGCGGACACUGCGACCAGCGACAGCGGACGAGGAGGUAGCGAGGAGGACUCAAACGAGUUCCACGAAACAUCACGUGAAAGCAACCAGAGUUCUCUCAGGACGGGAUUGAAGGAUUCUACUGGAGGAAGCUCUGGAAAAAGAGUCACUUUCAGAGACUCUGCGAAAGAACGACAACAUCAACACAGAAACGAUGUUCUACAAACAUUAGUACCACAUCCAACAUCACCAUAUACCAGAGAUCAAGUACCACAUCCAACAUUGCAAUACACCAGAGAGACAUCAGUACCACAUCCAGUAUCACCAUACACCAGAGACACACCAGUCCCACACCGAGCAUCACCAUACACCAGAUAUCAAAUACCACAUCCAACAUUACCAUACACCAGAGAACAAUUACCAGAACGUCACGGCAAACAGAUGCCCAGUGCAUACCACACCUCGCCGCCUCCCAGACUUACAGAACAAAAUAAUACGAUGCCUUGUGACGCAUCCAAACGAGAAACAUUUUCUUGUCCAUCAUUAAGUUCUUCCUCUGUCAGACAUUGCGAGUCACCUAGGGAACAGUUCUCUCCCCAGUUUGAGGGUCAGUACCACGACCCCAGGGAUAGGGUAGUCCCCACAGGUUGUUCCCCUUACCCCAAGGAUUGGCACAACGACAGCUUGGACAAUGACGACGAUCGCUCAACUACUACCUCAGGAAGUUAUACUGUUGAUGUUGAUGGACAAUGCUUAUAUUUAGAUGACAGUGCAUACAGAAAUGUAGUGGUUUAAUAUGGACAAAAUGUGUGAAAGUAAUAAAACGUAUAAUUGUGAUAAA